AUCAGCUGUGAUAGAACCAGAUGGAGGUUGGGCAUCGGGGCUGGUCUGCUUUCUGCUGCUGCUGCGGCUUAACAACACAGGGACCAGAUAGCAGAGGAGGACCGUGGGUGUUAUCAUGACAGGGCUCGCUGCUUCUAGAGGAGUAGAUAACGGUACCGGUGAGGUAAAGUCUGUCAGGCGUCCAGUCGUGGUUCCUCUUAGAACCAUAUGUUAGCUUUAAGAAGUUUGACAAGCUAACUGAAGGUUUGUUUUUUUUCAUUUAGCCUGUUAGCUCGAGCAGCUAGGUGAAGUAAAUGCAGUUCCUAUGACAGCUGGUAAAUACCGUUAGCUAACAGUACUAGUUUAACUAUUUACUAGCUAAAUAACAUUGAAGACUGUUAGGGUUUUCUAGCCUGCUUGAGAGAGUCUCAUUUGAGAAAAAACAUCACAGAAGCAAAUGGCUUAUUCAGUUUAAUUAGCUAUUUAAGCUAGCAAUGCGUACCUCAUUAUAUCAGAAUAACGUUAGCUUACCGGUGUCACAUUACUGCACUCUAUGGUACAGUUAUAGCAUAUUGCAUAAUGAGUGAUAACUAUGUCAAAGUGCAGCUUGAGCAGAUGAAAUCAUUAGGGGAGGCUGGAGAGAAGGAGGGUGUGGACAAUGAGGAGCAGGUCCCUGUGUCUCCCCCCUCUGCUGACCCUCCCAGCAUCACCAUAAGCAGCAGUGAUGUCUCCAACACCUCCAUCACUUCCAGACAAAGAGGUAAAAGUCGCAGUAAGCUAGUGAAGGAUGACAAGAACUCUACUGGCAAAAGCAUCUCAGAUCUGUCACUGCACGGCUCUGUGGUUUCUGCUCCUGCUGGGAAGAACUUGAAUAGACCGGGCCUGGAGCGGACACUUCACAUCAAAGGGACUGGGAAGACCCUGCAGGGCAAGUCUGAGAAUAAUGGGAACUAUGUGACCAUUCAGCCGUCCAAGAACAUCCAGGAAGCACGGCGCGAGGAGGCGCUGAAACUCACAAGGAAGAGGAGACCAGUGACGGUGGACACAGCCAAAGCCAAAACAUCCUUAGAGGCACUGAAGAUCAGCAUCAAGCAGCUCAAAUGGAAAGAGUUUCCUCUGGGUAGACGGGCGCCCUGUGAUAUCUACUGGCACGGCGUGUCCUUCCAUGACAAUGAACACAUCGUCUCAGGGCAGGUGAACAAGUUCCCAGGAAUGAUUGAAAUGCUGAGGAAGAUCAACCUGAGUCGAGCAAUGCGGACUAUGCAGGAGCUGUUCCCGGAUGAGUACGACUUCUAUCCUCGUUCCUGGAUCCUGCCGGAGGAGUAUCAGCAGUUUUCAACACAGAUCCGCAUGGUGAAGGAGAAGGAUCCCACACUGAAUCCCACCUUCAUUGUCAAGCCGGAUGGAGGCUCUCAAGGGGACGGCAUCUACCUCAUCCGUGACCCCAGUGAACUGAGAGUCAUGGCGGGUUCGCAGGCCAAACAGUCCGUAGUGCAGGAGUACAUCCACAGACCCCUACUUAUCGACAAACUCAAGUUUGAUAUCCGCCUUUAUGUCCUGAUAAAGUCUUUGGAGCCAUUAGAGAUCUACAUUGCCAAAGAGGGCCUGACGCGGUUUUGCACUGAGCCCUACCAGGAACCAAGCCAGAAGAAUCUCACCCAUGUCUUUAUGCACCUGACAAACUACUCUCUCAACGUCCACAGCGGGAACUUUGUGCACUCAGACAGCCAGAACACAGGCAGCAAGCGGACUCUCUCCAGCGUGCUUUACAGGCUGGCAGCUAAAGGUGUAGACAUCAAGAGAGUGUGGUCGGACAUCAUCGCGCUCGUCAUCAAAACUUCUAUCGCAGUGGUCCCAGAAUUAAAGGUCUACUAUCAGGCGGAGAUACCGCCUGGUAAACCGGGACCUACGUGCUUCCAGAUAUUAGGUUUUGACAUCUUGCUGAUGAAGAACCUGAAGCCAGUGCUACUCGAGGUCAACUCCAACCCCAGUAUGAGAAUAGAGCAUGAACAAGAGAUGUCGCCAGGAGUUUUCGAAUACGUUCCCAGUCCAGUGGAUGAAGAGGUGAAAGUGGGCGUGAUCAGGGACACUCUGCGCCUUAUGGACCCAGGCCUAAAGAAACCUGCAGUUUCCCAAACGAGGCCUGGUGGGACUGAACGUGGAGAGGAGAUCCCCAUGGAGGCAGAGACGCCAGCGAGGAGCCCGGAUGACGGAGCUCUGCCCUCGCUGUGUCUGAAGCAGGUUUACCCCAAAUACACCAAACAGUUCAACUGCCUGCGGCUGGUGGAGCGGACUGCAGCGCUCUUCAUACGUUUUCUUGGGGUCAAGGGAAACAUGCGCCUGGGACCCACUGCCUUCCGGACCUUCAUCAGGACCUGCAAACUGAGCAACAGCAAUUUCACCAUGGCCUCAGUGGACAUCCUCUACAUCGACAUCACUCGCCGCUGGUCAGGAGCCGCGCCUGAUUCCAGAGAAGCAGGUAUGGGACUCCAAGCCUUCGUUGAAGCCUUUUUCCACCUGGCAGGUCGCAGGUUCAAAUCCCUUCCUCUGAAGGAGCAGGUCUUCUCCCUGCUGGAGCUCUGCGAGGCUCAGCUCGACUCCCAGUCGACCAUCGAGGACAGACGCUCCGUGAGCUGCAGCCGUGCACUUUCGCGAGGCGUCAAGACCCAGACGCCCGGCCUCACCGCCAACUCGCAGCUCGGCUCCCCCGCUCCGCUGAGACGAGCAGCCAGCCAGGACUAUCGACUGCACCAGAAGCUCAGACCACGCACUCUCAGGGCCAACGUGGAGAACUGAUGGAAGCCUCCUCUACGCGAGGGAAGAGAUUAUCCAUCUCUUCACUUGCAGCUCCUGAAGAGAUGGAUGAUGGGAGCUGAGAGGAGGGAUAGCUUGACCCCUGCUGGCUGACUUGCAGGAGCGCUCUUCUAUGCCUGAUUGCUUUUUUUCCAGAGGAGGAAGAUGCCUGCGGGAGGUGUUUGAGUAGAAAUGAAACGAGGGGUACAAGAAGGUUGGUGCGUUCUUUUCCCCCUCCCUCUCCUGCUGUGAUCAUACAUGAACAAUUUGGUCCAAUCGGGCGGAGCAGGAGGAGGAGGAGGAUUCCACAGGGCAGCUAUCUGCUCCUCUUCACCUUUAUCUGGCUUCACAAACACUGACACCAACUUUCUGUUCAGGGAAACAUCAGCUUCUCCACGUUUGAUGCAUUUACACUCAUGAAUGAAGGGUGCGAGGGAGUGUCCUUACUAAGUGUACUACAAUCUUCAAUUUGCACAACAACUCUUUGAACUCAAAAAUUUGCACAGACAUGGAUGUGAGGUUGACUGAGCAGCCUUUGUGUGGACCUAUUGUGACUGUUUGAGUGUGUUUGUGUGUGUGUGAGUGUGUGUGUGUGUGUACGUGCUGUAUUUUAUUUUGUGUUAAGCUCAAUAGUGGAAGUCUAUUUACAGCCAGUGGCUCAGCUGUGCGUCCGAGCUCUGAGAGCCCAUUAGUGAUGAGUUAAGUGAAUGAGUAUUCAAAGGGAAAAGGCCACGACGCCACUUAUCCUCUUUUUCAGUUCAGCAGCUAUUCCAGUCGGGCAGUUUCAGACCUCCAGCUAACAUCUUUGUAGAAACUUACACAACUGCCAUUGGGGGGGUUAUUUGUUCAGGCGUCGUUGCAUGGCACCAAAUCUCACCGUCCUCACAUAACGCAUUGUUUCAGAUGCUUUUGUGAUAAACCUUUAAAUGUCUGAUUUGUUCAUCGCUGACAGAAGAAACUGAGAAAUGAAAAAGGUUACAGACUGUUUCAAAUGAUUAACCCUGCAGUUACUCCCUCAUCACUGAAGUUUGAAAUGUAUGUUUCCUCCUCUCACACUAAAAUUAUUUAAUAAACUUGUCACAAGCAGACUGAGAACACAAAAACACUCUACUGUUCAUACUGUAGGACUGACAUGUGGCAGUGUGCAGUAUGUACCCAAUGACACUCAGCUUAUUUAUGUGAUUACCAUAUUUAAGAUUGUUGGUAUGGAUGGAAUGAAUUUAUAGUUCUUGUUAUUGCAAAAAUAAAAUUCAUUUUGCUUCCUGAACUAA